AACGGUCCCCUCAAAAUUACGUUACACUGUAAUAAAACACAUAAAUUCCGGGAAAAAUAAUUCAGAAUUGAGGGGAGGGAAAUUGAUUCCUAAAAGAUUCACCAUCGCAUAUAACCCUGCCUAUUUGAUAUUCAAAAUCAUUUCUCGUUUCGCUUCUACUAUUCUUCUGCUUUUCGAUUACUCAGUGAUAGAUAGCAGAAAUUAAGUAAACGACACCGUGCUUCGAGAAAGUUCGUUAACGAAACGAUGGAGUCUGACAGCGACGAGAGUAGACGAAGCAAAAACAACGUUCAACGACACGUAGCUUUACUCUAUGACGAGAGGAUGUGUAAACACUUCAAUCCAGAAGACGUUAACCAUCCUGAAACUCCAAAUCGCAUUAGGGCUAUUUGGAACAAGCUUCAAACCUCUGGCAUUACCGAUCGAUGUGUGAUUUUGGAUGCUAAAGAAGCCGAAGACAAAUAUUUAGAAUCAGUUCAUUCUAAAAAUCAUGUGAAACUGAUUAAGAACAUCAGCUCAAAAAAUUUGAAUUCGCAGAAGCGUAGUGCGUCUAAACUUAAUUCUAUAUACUUCAAUGAAGGUUCAACAGAAUCUGCCUAUCUUGCUGCCGGCUCCACUAUAGAGGUUGCUAAAAGAGUAGCAAGCAAGGAAUUCCGUUCUGCUGCUGCUAUUGUUAGGCCUCCAGGUCACCAUGCAGAGCAAAAUGAAGCCAUGGGAUUUUGUCUGUUCAACAAUGUGGCAAUUGCUGCAUCUUAUCUCUUAGAUGAAAGUCCAGCAUUCGGUGUAAAGAAAAUUUUAAUUGUUGACUGGGACGUCCAUCAUGGAAAUGGUACUCAAAAGAUGUUUUGGAAUGAUUCUCGAGUGUUAUUCUUCUCCGUUCACAGGCAUGAAUUUGGGAGUUUUUAUCCGUCUAGUGAUGAUGGCUUCUAUAACAUGAUUGGAGAAGGAGCAGGUGCUGGAUACAAUAUAAAUGUUCCAUGGGAGAAUGGUAGAUGCGGUGAUGCAGACUAUUUUGCAGUGUGGGACCACGUCUUGCUCCCUGUUGCCAAAGAAUUUAAACCAGACAUAAUAAUAGUUUCUGCUGGAUUUGAUGCAGCUGUUGGAGACCCUUUGGGUGGAUGCCGUGUCACACCAUUUGGUUAUUCUGUUCUGUUGAAGAAGUUGAUGAAUUUUGCCGAAGGUAGGAUUGUACUGGUUUUAGAAGGAGGGUAUAAUCUUGACUCGAUUGCAAAGUCAAUGCAUGCUUGUUUAGAGGUUUUGCUUGAAGACAAACCUCUUAUUGAAUCUUCUUCAGAAGCCUAUCCAUUUGAGUCUACAUGGCGUGUGAUCCAAGCGGUUCGCCAGGAAUUAAGUCCCUUUUGGCCUACGCUUGCGUGUGAAUUACCACAAUCAAUAAUUGGUCAAGUGGCACCACCUCCGCAUACUCUUUUCUCAAGCUCUGACUCUGAGACUGAGGAUGAAAAAGCUCCACUCAAAUUUAAAAAUAUUGCAGAGCUUCUUGAAGAUGUAAUCAAACCAUUUUCCACGCUCAAAGUUGAUGCAGAUGGAGAGACUGAUGCUUCUUGGCGAUCCGAAUCGUCAAAUGUUUACUUAUGGUAUGCUUCCUAUGGCUCAAAUAUGUGGAGACCAAGAUUUGAUUGCUACAUAGCAGGUGGACAGGUGGAAGGUAUGCAGAAGCCGUGCUCUGGUUCAGUGAACAGUACUCUUCCGGAGGAGAUCCUUUGGAAGACUUUCCCUUGUCAUAUAUUUUUCGGUCGUGAAUCCUCAUGUUCAUGGGGUCCUGGAGGUGUUGCGUUUCUUAAUCCUGUACAAAACUCUCAGCACAAGACCUACAUGUGCCUGUACAAAAUAUCGUUAGAGCAAUUCAACGAUAUUUUAUUCCAGGAAAAUGGUUUAAGCCUUACCGCAGGCUCUUCUUUGUUUGAUAUUACUACUCUGAACGCCAUCUCUACCAAGGAGUUCAGUACUCAAGAGGUUGUCAAGGAUGGUUGGUAUGGUAAUGUUGUCUACUUAGGAAAGGAGCAGGACAUUCCUAUAAUUACUAUGACGUGUUCGCAUCUUGAUAUCGAGCACUUCAAAUGUGGGAAGCUACCGGUGUGUGCGCCUAAUAAAUCAUAUGCAAAUACCUUAAUAAAAGGGUUGGUAGAGGGAGAACAGCUCUCAAAGGCGGAGGCCAUUGCUCACAUAGAAGCUGCUGCUAAAUCCUUCGAUUUGCCUUGUAUUUAUUCUUAAACAGUUCACUGGUUCAACUAUUUUGCAUAGAUAACAAGACCCUAUGGUAUUGCUUCAGGGCUCUACAUAUUUAUUGCUUAAUUAGUAAUAUUUUAAUUUACAUGGAGUGAUAACUACCUUUUAAAGUAAUUAUGGUGAUUAAAAUUUAUUUGUGUA